CAGCUUGGAAAAAUACCUCUUCCCGGUUGUUGUGCUAGAUAGGCUGCUCAGCUCCGGUCUCCUCCAUCCGCUAGACGCACCUGACCCACGAACAGAUACCUCUACAAGUAAAUAAACCGGGUUAGGUGUUGUAUUUGCUUUUUUUGGUUGUUUUUCUAAAGAGGUACCGUUUGAAUUAGCUGCUGACUGCUGCCAGGCAUGGAGACUCUCGGCAACUCGAACAAGAAACAGAAGCUAACCAACACUGCAGAAAGCUGGGGAAUGCAACGGGCAACUAAUGUCACCUAUCAAGCUCAUCAUGUAAGCCGAAACAAGCGUGGGCAGGUUGUGGGCACAAGAGGAGGCUUUAGAGGAUGCACUGUUUGGCUGACUGGUUUGUCUGGUGCAGGGAAGACCACAGUGAGCAUGGCUCUGGAGGAGUAUCUUGUGUGUCAUGGUAUCCCUUGCUACACACUUGAUGGGGACAACAUCCGUCAGGGGCUUAACAAAAACCUGGGGUUCAGCCCAGAGGACCGUGAAGAGAACAUUAGACGUAUUGCUGAAGUGGCCCGGCUUUUUGCUGAUGCAGGGCUCGUCUGCAUCGCCAGUUUCAUCUCUCCCUACAGCAGGGAUCGCCUCAAUGCCAGAAAGAUCCAUGAGGCUGCUGGGCUACCUUUCUUUGAGGUGUUUGUGGAUGCCCCACUGGACGUAUGUGAGCAGAGGGAUGUGAAGGGGCUUUACAAGAGAGCCAGAGCAGGGGAGAUAACAGGUUUUACUGGCAUUGACUCGGAGUAUGAGAAGCCAGAGGCACCAGAGCUGGUGCUGAAGACCGACUCCUGCAGCGUGAACGAGUGCAUACAGCAGCUCAUUGACCUUCUUCAGGAGAGGGAUAUAGUUCCUGUCGAUGCUUCGUAUGAAGUGAAAGAGCUGUACGUUCAAGAGAACAAACUGGAUCUGGCCAAAGCUGAUGCAGAGACACUUCCUGCUGUACAGAUUGGGAAGGUGGACAUGCAGUGGGUGCAGGUGCUGGCUGAAGGCUGGGCCACUCCUCUCAAUGGUUUCAUGAGAGAGAGAGAGUUUUUGCAAUGUCUUCAUUUUGACUGCCUGUUGGAUGGUGGCGUGAUCAACCUCUCUGUGCCUGUCGUGCUGCCAGUGUCAACUGCAGAUAAAGAGCGUUUGGAUGGCGCGACAGCUAUGGCCCUGGUCUACGAGGGUAGGCGAGUGGCCAUCCUUCGUAAUCCUGAGUUUUACGAACAUCGAAAAGAAGAGCGCUGUGCUCGGCAGUGGGGAACCACCUGCAAGGACCACCCUUACAUCAAGAUGGUGAUGGAAAGCGGGGACUGGCUGGUCGGUGGUGACCUGCAGGUUCUGGACAAGAUCUGUUGGAAUGACGGUCUCGACCAAUACCGACUGACACCCACUGAGCUCAAACAGAAGUUCAAAGAAAUGAAUGCAGAUGCUGUAUUUGCCUUUCAGCUGCGUAACCCUGUCCACAACGGGCAUGCUCUCCUGAUGCAGGACACCCACAAGCGUCUGAUCGAGCGAGGCUACCGUCGGCCUGUUCUGCUGCUCCACCCACUAGGAGGUUGGACCAAAGAUGAUGACGUGCCACUGCCUUGGAGAAUGAAGCAGCAUGCUGCUGUGCUGGAGGAGGGCGUUCUGAAUCCAGAAUCUACCAUUGUUGCCAUUUUUCCCUCACCCAUGAUGUAUGCAGGGCCAACUGAGGUUCAGUGGCAUUGCAGAGCACGAAUGGUGGCCGGUGCCAAUUUCUACAUUGUAGGUCGUGACCCUGCAGGCAUGCCUCACCCUGCCACAGGAAAGGACCUGUACGAGCCCACUCACGGAGCCAAGGUGCUCACCAUGGCUCCGGGCCUCAUCACCCUUGAAAUUGUUCCAUUUAAGGUUGCUGCUUACAACAAGGUCAAAAGGGCAAUGGAUUUUUAUGAUCCAAAAAACCAUCAAGAUUACGAUUUCAUCUCGGGCACACGCAUGCGUAAAAUGGCUCGCGAGGGAGAGAACCCUCCCGACGGCUUCAUGGCGCCCAAAGCCUGGGCCGUGUUGAAAGAGUACUACAAGUCACUGGAGAAGGCCUAAAGGUCGGGUCUCAGCUGGGGGGGAGGAAAAACGUGACAAAAAACACGGGAACACAGUGGUGGUUUCUACUGAGGUUUGGGACCACUCACUCAUUUCUAUCACAAACUUCACUCACUCUGGCUUCUGUCAUGGUUUUAGUCUUAUCUGUGUUUUAGCUGUAUGUGCUUUAUUUAACUAAACCUCUCCUCUGACUAUGAAAUGUAGAAGCACAGGUCAGUAUACUAAAAAGUUCAAGAGAACAAAAUAGAUAUUCUUUACUAACAUGAUAACUGUAAGUUCUGAUCAGUGGUUAAGAGUGUUAUUUUUAAACAUCCAAAUGAUGAUGAAGAGUCACUGUUGACCAGUACUCAACUAUUCAGGAGAAGUUGUUACAAUUUGUCCUAGUAUUUAAAAUGUUACUCAACUCGCUAGAGUCGACUUAACGCUGUACCUUUGUUACUGUGUCUGUACACGCGGGUGUGGUAGUGGCUCAAAUGUUACUGUACACAAGUGUUUAAAGUAAAAAUUGAGUGCCUUGGUCCUCAAAGUCAGUUCACAUGUUCACAUUGAAGUUGGACACCUGCCUCUUCUAUCACUGGUUGUAUUUUUACAUUGAAAUGGUCCAGUAGGUCAAGAAAUUUGUGAAAAACAGAUCAGCGGUUUUGUUUUGUUUUUGUUUUUUUAUUACCGUACAGUGCAGUCUUUCUUAAACCUGUAGAAAAACGUAUCACUCCAUUUUAAUUUUGCAUUUUUGUGUGUUGUUUGUAGUUUUGCUGCUUUGAGAUCUAUUUACUUUUUUUCUCCCAUGUCAUGUAUUGCUAAUAUUUUCCAUGUGGUUUAUUGUGCUUUACCAUGGGAUCAGAUUUGUAAUCUUUCCUUGUCCAAUAAAUCAUUUUUAGCCAAAAGAACAA